AUGGAACAGAAUUGGGAUUACCAUGGAAAUGAUCUUGGCAAAGUAACAAUACAAACCACUUAUGCAGAUUGUUGUGAUGAAUGUUCUAAGAAUGAUAAAUGUAAUGCCUUUACAUGGAAUUCGAAGACACACAGGUGCUUGCUCAAAUCAAGUGUCGGUAAUGGUGGAAGCUCAACCCGAAAUACUUAUGGUGGACGCCGCCAAGGCUUCCAAUCUAUAGGCAAUGAACAAUGUUGUACCAAAAAUGGUCAAGUUUAUAGUAUUACUGUUCAACCAAAUGAAUCAAUCGAAGCCGAACUUAUUCUUAUUUCAGUUGAAGAUUUUCUUCUUCCAAUUCGUACAUAUCUACUAUUAAUCAAUGUUGAAGAUUUAUCACAAGCAUCAAAAUCACAAUCAGCUUUAUGUCCUCAACGUGAAUUAAGUGCCAAUGAACAACAAGUAUUACAACCGUCACAUCCAUCUAUAUAG